AAUACCGCUUUCUUUUUUUUUUUUCUUUUUUACAAGAGCAAAGAACUUCUUUACUCACAAACAAAUUGAAAACGCACGGAACUCAACCGUCCGUAAAAUUCAAAAGCUGGUCGGAAUUCGGAAAACGCAGCGAACUUGGUCAUCGGCAUCGGAAGGUAGUCAAAAACAUUUACAAAGGAUUUAAGUUAAAGGGUGAAAUGGAACAACCACAAGAGAAGAUUUUAGGAGGAGGAUCAGAAACACUUAAACAUAUGUCCCCUGGAUCAAAUAUUUCUAUUGCAUAUCAUCCGAAUUUUGGACCUCAUGAUGAUCUCAUCAUUCUAGAGCUGGAUGACAAACUGCUCCCAGAUGUUUUAGGUGAAAGGGUGGUCUUAAGAGGACAGCCUGAAGAAGAUGCAGUUCUUUGUACUCAAUCAAAAACAUAUGGUAUGAAGUUUGUUGGAACUUCCAAUUCUGUUUUGCUUGUACCACCGUCAAAUCAAUCAGAAUGUGAUAAUCUACAGAAAAAUGAUAGUAGUGAUUAUGAUGAGAAAGUUGUUACACCUGUAAUAAAAGUGGUGCUCGGUAAUAUGGAGCUUAUUGAGGUUUCCCCCAGACUGGAUAAACUUAAAUUGCUUCUUUCUGAGAACGUUUACAGGUCUGACGAGACUGACAUGGAAAAUUUAGAAGAGAAUCAGGAAUGUAGAACAGGAUUAUAUAACUGGAAUGAUCUGAUAAACAAUAUUCAAGCUAGUGACGAGGAAUUAAGGUUUGGAUUGCAGACUCUCUCUGCUGUGGAGAUUAACGGGUAUUGGAGACUAGUUGAUGAGAGUUACAUGGACAUGAUUCUGGGAAUGCUUUUGAAAAAUAAAGUGUUGAAUGACUGGUCACUCGAUGCUUUAAAUGAAGAUGAAGUCGUGACUACGCUGGAAUCUGAUGGAUUUCCAAUUAUACUUGCAAGGCAUUGCUUACAUGUAUUUGGCAAGCAAGUAAAUGAUUGUGUGGCGCAAAGAUGUGUGUGGAAGUUAGAUGAGAAGCGCGUAUGCAUACACUUUGCAAGAGAAAUCCUGAAAGGAGGUAAGAGAAAGUUAGAGAGUUUUAUGGAUGAGUGGAGGCGGAAGACACCCGAUGAAAUGCAGCCGACUUUUGAUCUUCUCGAAGGAGAGGUAUUGACAGAGAGAAUUGGAAUCGAGACAUGGGUCCGUGCCUUCAGCGUCUCUUCUUUGCCUUCCACACCAGCUGAACGUUUCUCAAUUCUUUUUAGAGAGCGUGCGAAAUGGGAAUGGAAAGAUCUGCAACCGUUUAUCAGGAAUCUGAGUGUUCCAGGUCUUUCUUCAGAAGGUUUGCUACUUAAAUACACUCGAAAGACACAGCCAUCGCCUCAUGACGAUCCAAUUUUCAGUGCAAGAUAGUAUGUGCUGAUGCAGUAUCCUGCACAAUCCUUUACGCCUUCUCCUUCACUUUAAAUUGGGCCAUAUCCAUCGGUAAAAGUUUAGGAUUAAUUUUUAUUUUCCCUUGUUUAAUGUUCUUUUCAUUUAGAUAUGUAAUAUCAAGAUUUGAUAUAUUACUUCAAAAUUUAGGACAAGCUUAGUAGAAAUUAUCAUUCUAACCCUUGUGUCCUUUAGUUACCUGCUUGUGUUGUAUUGUAAAAACAAAACAAAAAGAGAAACUGGGCAUGGUUUUCAAACAUUUUUUGACUGGACAUAGUUCUAUGUA